AUGGGUUACCCCAGAGGACUGCCUGCACGCCUUGGGGAGGGUUACCCCAGAGGACUGACUGCACGCCUUGGGGGAGGGUUACCCCAGAGGACUGACUGCACGCCUUGGGGAGGGUUACCCCAGAGGACUGCCUGCACGCCUUGGGGAGGGUUACCCCAGAGGACUGACUGCACGCCUUGGGGAGGGUUACCCCAGAGGACUGACUGCACGCCUUGGGGAGGGUUACCCCAGAGGACUGCCUGCACGCCAUUGGGGAGGGUUACCCCAGAGGACUGACGGCACGCCUUGGGGAGGGUUACCCCAGAGGAUGAACUGCCACGCCAUGGGGAGGGUUUCCCCAGAGGACUGAACUGCACGCCUUGGGGGGGGUUACCCCAGAGGACUGACUGCACGCCUUGGGGAGGGUUACCCCAGAGGACUGACUGCACGCCUUGGGGAGGGUUACCCCAGAGGACUGCCUGCACGCCUUGGGGAGGGUUACCCCAGAGGACUGCCUGCUAUAAGCUGGUCCUGAUAGUGCUGCAGCAGCAUGACAGGUGAGAAAGCAGUAUACAGCAGCGGUAGUACCAAUGCAGAGUGGUACUUUGUGGGUCAGCUAUGGGAAAUCAGAGCUGAAGCUCUAGAGUGGACUAAGCACAAAUGAUUGGGUGAUUUAAUGGGCUUUAAUACAUGCUAUGGCAGAAGAAGAACGUGAUUGUGUGUGUGUGUGGAUGUCGGAGUGUGAACAAUCCUGUAUAGGGCGUGGAGCUGUACCCGGCCCACGCUGUAUCUGGAAACUAGCUAGCUAGCUAGCUAGCUAGCUAGCUGUCUGUCUGUCUGUCUGUCUGUCUGUCUGUCUGUCUGUCUGUCUGUCUGUCUGUCUGUCUGUCUGUCUGUCUGUCUGUCUGUCUGUCUGUCUGUCUGUCUGUCUGUCUGUAUGUCUGUCUGUCUGUCUGUCUGUCAGUCUGUCAGUCAGUCAGUCAGUCAGUCACUCAGUCACUCAGUCACUCAGUCACUCAGUCACUCAGCUGCACUGAUGUAGCAGGCUGGAUUAAUGACUUGAUAAUGAUGACUGCUGAAUUCCCUGACUGAUGUAUUGCUGUUUACUAUAUACUAUAGGGUCAGUGACACAUGAACACCGCUGUACAGUUCUUCCCAUCCCUAUGUGGAAUACACCCAUGUGACAAUCCCCGGCUGUAGGAGACAUGUCUCAGGGGACAGACUAUAGCUACAGUCCAGGACAGCUACACACUGCAGCCAGCAUGGGGCUUGGGCUACAUGGUAACACGUCUGGCCCUUCCCUUCUACUCAAACACACCUGCUGUGGCCCAAAUGGCACCCUAUUCCUGACAUGGCGCACUGCCAUUUGUGACGCACCUGGGUUAUUAUGGAACUGUAUGGCCAGAGAGUGUAGUAUAAUAUCAAUGACAUGUAACUAAGACUGCCCUGGUGUCACACUGCAUGGAUUUACAUGACCAUGCUUACUUGCUCAGCCGAUAAUGCCCCCCCCCCCUGCGGUAUUAUGUGAUAUUAAUGUGAUGUAAAGCUGAGAGAGCAGAGCGGGUGGGGUGUAAUUAAAAACAUCAAAAGGCUGCACAUGUGGACAGAGAGGGGUCAGCGGGAGUUUCCCCUCCAUAGUGGGGAGAUGGAACGUCCAAUCGGUGACAUCAGCGGUGCGUCCAGCAGAGUAGGGAAGAUAACAGAGCAUCUCUCCCAGCUGGGUCUCUGGGAAGUGGCUGUUUCCCUUUGAUGUGUAAACCUUGUCACAACAAAGGUUCUCUCUUUGCACACUUUCUUUCAGACUGACUUAAACCUCCUGAACCCAACACAACGUUUGUCACUUGAAUAUGAACCUCCUGGUGAGUUCACUAACAGGAAGAAGAGUGAAGGUUGAUUGUUCCAAAGUGCCUUCGCCAGGUCAAAGGGUGUCUAAAGUGAGACAAAACUCAGAGCCAUGAUGGACAGUUAGGAGAGACAGGGAAGGCUGAAGGGAAGGAUAGUAGUUGUGCUUACAGACAGGCACAGGGGAGAGGGAAUGGGGCUGGAAUUUAUACAAGCCAAAUGCUGGACAUUUUAGAUGCCAAUGCAUGAGUUCACUUUACAGGCCCACAAUACCUCUCUACUCCAGACCCCACAAUACCUCUCUACUCCAGACCCCACAAUACCUCUCUACUCCAGACCCCACAAUACCUCUCUACUCCAGACCCCACAAUACCUCUCUACUCCAGACCCCACAAUACCUCUCUACUCCAGACCCCACAAUACCUCUCUGCUCCAGACCCCACAAUACCUCUCUACUCCAGACCCCACAAUACCUCUCUACUCCAAACCCCACAAUACCUCUCUACUCCAGACCCCACAAUACCUCUCUGCUCCAGACCCCACAAUACCUCUCUGCUACAGACCCCACAGGAGUCACCACAGGCUGUAAAUCAGGGAUAUUCAACUGGUGGCCCGCGGGCCAGAUCCGGCCCGUUUAUUAAUUUAGACUGGCCCUUUGAUCAAUUCUGAACAUUAAUAAAAGAUCUGAAAAAGAAUCCCUGCCAAAAUCCGACGUUCAGUACCAAACUGACAAGCACUAUCUAUGGUGGUUGUCUAUAGUGUGGUUUCUAGUGGUUUCUAGCGGUUUCUAGUGGUUUCUAGUGGUUUCUAGCACCUAUGUGGCAUGUUGAUGAAUUUCUCUUCAUAUGAAUUUGGCUCUAGUGUUUGAACGGUUUAAGCUACAAAAUAUUAUGACCCCAUUCCUGAAAACUACGACUCUAAGGAACACGUACACUACCAGUCAAAAGUUUGGACACACCAACUCAUUCAAGUAUACAGAAGAUAGCCCUAUUUAUUAAAAGACCAAGUCCAUUUUAUGGCAAGAACAGCUCAAAUAAGCAAAGAGAAACGACAGUCCAUCAUUACUUUAAGACAUAAAGGUCAGUCAAUACAGAACAUUUCAAGAACUUUGAACGUUUCUUCAAGUGCAGACGCAAAAACCAUCAAGCGCUAUGAUGAAAUUGGCUCUCAUGCGGACCACCAAAGGAAUGGAAGACCCAGAGUUACCUCUGCUGCAGAGGAUACGUUCAUUAGAGUUACCAGCCUCAGAAAUUGCAGCCCAAAUAAAUGCUUCACAGAGUUCAAGUCACAGACACAUCUCAACAUCAACUGUUCAGAUGGGACCGUGUGAAUCAGGCCUUUAUGGUCGAAUUGCUGAAAAGAAACCACUACUAAAGGACACCAAUAAGAACAAGAGACCUGCUUGGGCCAAGAAACACGAGCAAUGGACAUUAGACCGGUGGAAAUUUGUCCUUUGGUCUGGAGUCCAAAUUUGAGAUUUUUGGUUCCAACAGCAUGUGUAGUUCCCACCGUAAAGCAUGGAGGAGGAGGUGUUAUGGUGUGGGGGUGGUUGCUGGUGACACUGUCUGUGAUUUUAUUUAGAAUUCAAGGCACACUUAACCAGCAUGGCUACCACAGCAUUCUGCAGCGACACGCCAUCCCAUCUGGUUUGGGAUAAGUGGGGUUUUUCAACAGGACAAUGACCCAACACACCUCCAGGCUGUAUAAGGGCUAUUUUACGAAGAAGGAGAGUGAUGGAGUGUUGCAUCAGAUGACCUGGCCUCCACAAUCCCCCGACCUCAACCCAAUUGAGAUGGUUUGAGAUGAGUCGGAAGGCAGAGUGAAGGAAAAGCAGCCAACAAGUGCUAAGCAUAUGGGGGAACUCCUUCAAGACUGUUGGAAAAGCAUUCCAGGUGAAGCUGGUUGAGAGAAUGCCAAGAGUGUGCAAAGCUGUCAUCAAGGCAAAGGGUGGCUAUUUGAAGAAUCUCAAAUAUAAAAUAUAUUUAGAUUUGUUAAACACUUUUUUGGUUACUACAUGAUUCCAUAUGUGUUAUUUCAUAGUGUUGAUGUUUUCACUAUUACUCUACAUUUUUUUUUUUUUUUUUUUUUUUCACCUUUAUUUAACCAGGUAAGCCAGUUGAGAACAAGUUCUCAUUACAACUGCGACCUGGCCAAGAUAAAGCAAAGCAGUGCAAUAAAAACAACACAGAGUUACAUAUGGGGUAAAAAAACAUAAAGUCAAAAAUACAACAGAAAAUAUAUAUACAGUGUGUGCAAAUGUAGCAAGUUAUGGAGGUAAGGCAAUAAAUAGGCUAUAGUGCAAAAUAAUUACAAUAGUAUUAACACUGGAAUGCUAGAUGUGCAAGAGAUUAUGUGCAAAUAGAGAUACUGGGGUGCAAAAGAGCAAAAUAAAUAACAAUAUAGGGAUGAGGUAGUUGGGUGGGCUAAUUUCAGAUGGGCUGUGUACAGGUGCAGUGAUCGGUAAGGUGCUCUGACAACUGAUGCUUAAAGUUAUUGAGGGAGAUAAGAGUCUCCAGCUUCAGAGAUUUUUGCAAUUCGUUCCAGUCAUUGGCAGCAGAGAACUGGAAGGAAUGGCGGCCAAAGGAGGUGUUGGCUUUGGGAAUGACCAGUGAGAUAUACCUGCUGGAGCGCAGACUACGGGUGGGUGCUGCUAUGGUGACCAAUGAGCUAAGAUAAGGCAGGGAUUUGCCUAGCAGUGAUUUAUAGAUGGCCUGGAGCCAGUGGGUUUGACGACGAACAUGUAGUGAGGACCAGCCAACAAGAGCGUACAGGUCACAGUGGUGGGUAGUGUAUGGGGCUUUGGAGACAAAACGGAUGGCACUGUGAUAGACUACAUCCAAUUUGCUGAGUAGAGUGUUGGAGGCUAUUUUGUAAAUGACAUCGCCGAAGUCAAGGAUCGGUAGGAUAGUCAGUUUUACGAGGGCAUGUUUGGCAGCAUGAGUGAAGGAGGCUUUGUUGCGAAAUAGGAAGCCGAUUCUAGAUUUAACUUUGGAUUGGAGAUUCUUUAUGUGAGUCUGGAAGUUGAGUUUACAGUCUAACCAGACACCUAGGUAUUUGUAGUUGUCCACAUACUCUAGGUCAGACCCGUCGAGAGUGGUGAUUCUAGUCGGGUGGGGCGGGUGCCAGCAGCGUUCGAUUGAAAAGCAUGCAUUCAGUUUUACUAGUGUUUAAGAGCAGUUGGAGGCUACUGAAGGAGUGUUGUAUGGCAUUGAAGCUCGUUUGGAGGUUUGUUAACACAGUGUCCAAUGAAGGGCCAGAUGUAUACAAAAUGGUGUCAAAAUAAUGACACCAUUUUUAACAAUGUAAAAAUAGUCAAAAUAAAGAAAACCCUUGAAUGAGUAGGUGUGUCCAAACUUUUGACUGGUACAGUAUGUGCCUUAAGGACUCUUUAGAAGGGAGUGUGACGGAAAUUAAUUCAACGCAAACUUCCUUCAGACUGGAAUUUGGCAUUACCUGAUUUGGCAUACAGUAUCUUUGUGUUAUUUAUUGAGAUGCUUAGUUUUCAGAUUAUUUAAAAAUGACCUAAUUACUUUUAAGAAACUUUUAAUACUUGUUUAAAUAAAUUAUGGUGAGCCUUUUUCCUUUUCAAUGAUGAUCAAAUGUUUUGCUUGCACCUUAACUCACAUUGGUUAAGCACCCUCCAUCUCUUUCCUAAUUAAUUUUAGCAGCAUUUAAAUUUUAAGAAAGGUGCUUUAUUGGUCGUUGUGUGUUGCUUUUUUAUACAGUUUUAAAUAAUAAUCAUCACGUGGAAAAUGUACGGCCCUCCUGCAAUUAACCUUUUUUUUACAUCUGGCCCCAGUAAGAAUAUAGUUGAAUAGCCCUGCUGUAAAUACUACAUUUACAUUUUACAUUUUAGUCAUUUAGCAGACGCUCUUAUCCAGAGCGACUUACAGUUAGUGAGUGCAUACAUUAUUAUUAUUAUUUUUUUUUUUUCAUACUGGCCCCCCUUGGGAAUCGAACCCACAACCCUGGCGUUGCAAACGCCAUGCUCUACCAACUGAGCUACAUCCCUGCCGGCCAUUCCCUCCCAUACCCUGGACGACGCUGGGCCAAUUAUGCGCCGCCCCAUGGGUCUCCUGGUCGCGGCCGGCUACGACAGAGCCUGGAUGGAGUGGGACAGGCUAACCUUGGAGUCAGUUAUAUAUCUUCAGAGAUUAUAGAUCUUACACACUAUGAACCCUAGUCAAGCCUUCCUCACCACUGAGCCAGGGUUAAAGACCCUACCUGAAAGCAUAUCCCCAUUGGUCCACAUAAACUCAAGUCUCUCUUUUGACCUGUAACUGACUCCAAGGUUAGCCUUUCCAUAGCAGCAUAAAUAGAAGGGGCCACAUCCUUUUCCUCUCACUCAGUAUUAUGGAUUAUUUAUCCCUGAAGAAGAAACAGAGCCAUUUUCCUGAGGGGGGGGGGGGGCACUGUUGCCCUGCUUCCUUUACUUUGUAGUGCUGCCACUGGGUGAGGCAUAAAUAACUUGACCCAUUGUACAAAAGACACACACAUAGACACAAAUGUGUACGCACACACACGCACAGACACACGCAUGCAGGCACACACACACACACACACACACUCACACACACACACACACACACACACCUUUUCUCCACACAAGCCUAUUGAUUGGCCAGUGUACAGAAUACAGGAAAUGACCCAUACAUCUCUUGUCUUUUGAGGUAUCCCCUUUUCAUCCCAAUACUUACUUAAUUCAGUCCUAAGCCCCCCCUGGGACACAGAUAAAGGUUUCCGGGGAGUCUCAACAGUAGAUACACCACAUCAUCCGGCCCUCUCCUCUCUGCAGUGCCCACUGCAGUACCAGCACUGGUAGUCUGAAACAGUGCCAACCCCCCAUGCCCAUGGGCCUGCUGUCAAAGCCUUGUCACCCGGUGAGCUUGAGCUGGCACGGAGAACACACAACACACAGUUUCAAUAUUGUCAAGUAGUGCUGUGUAGUGAAGCUACAGUCUCAGGAUAAAGAAGGAGGAUGUUUCUAGAACUAUUACAUUUACAUUUACAUUUUAGUCAUUUAGCAGACGCUCUUAUCCAGAGCGACUUACAGUUAGCGCAUACAUUAUUUUAUCGAACCCACAACCCUGGCGUUGCAAACACCAUGCUCUACCAACUGAGCUAUGACUCAAGACAUUCUAAUGACCCUCAUUGGCUCCAUUCUUUAGUAUUCUAGUGCUCAUCUUAUUCUGUUGUGAAGUCACUGCAGAACUCACUACAUCUUACACUAUAGUCAUUCUUAUCCAGAGCAACUUACAGUAGCGAAUGCAUACAUUUUCAUACCGUUCCCCCAUGGGAAUCAAACCCAUAACCCUGGCGUUGCAAGUGCCAUGCUCUACCAACCGAGCCACACAGGACCAGUCUUUCUAUAGACAACACAACGAUACAUCUGUACCAUUACGUUGUUGUACAUUUUUCUCAUCAAAGACAUUCAAGUUCAACUGUACUUCCUUCCCUCACAGGCUGCAGAUUUAUCCAGACACAGAACAAUGACACUUUCAGUGGAGCUACUGAUCCAGACUCAGAACAAUGACACUUUCAGUGGAGCUACUGAUCCAGACACAGUACAAUGUCACUUUCAGUGGAGCUACUGAUCCAGACACAGAACAAUGUCACUUUCAGUGGAGCUACUGCCACCUAUAGGAAACUGUUCAUACUAAACACAACCAUUCUCUUGUUCAGUCAUAUUCAUUAACGCAACAUUUUCAUACCCCAAAAUCCCAUUUGCAUGUACGUUUGUGUUCAAGCUUCAUUUGCACGCACCACAAAUGGUUCUACUUAGAUCUGAAAACGCGCCUCAUAAUCCGUCUUGAUUCACCAUACUCUACACUGCCAAAAUAAUGAUGUAAUUACUAAGGUCCGCUACCAGAUAGUAUCAUGAUUGAGUAUUGUGUUUUAGAUAUGAACGCUGAUUUUAAAGCCCAUAUUUAUUUUUGCCCUGCAAGAAUAAAGCUGUAGUCAGGCUCUCUGACGUGAAGAGUUAUUAUUAUUUACCCUCAAAUCACCUUCUUACAGUCGAUGAGCAUUAGAAUACUGUUUAGUCAUCCCUGCUUAUACCCUAGGGUUACACAUUGAGAGUGAGUGAGAGAUCGAGAGCGUGUGAGAGAGAGAAAGAGGAUAGAGAGAGAGAGAGAGAGUGAAGAGGAGAGAGUGUGAGAGAGAGAGUGUGAAGAAGCGUGAGAAUAUAGAGAGAGAGAGAGAGAGACGAGAGAUAGAGAGGCAAGAGAGAAGAGAGAAAGAGAGACUAGAGCUCUAGUGAGAGACUAGUCCUAGAGAGGAGCGAGAGAGACUAGUCUGUGGCGACCUAAAUGCCAGAACUGGACAAGAACUGACACCCUCAGCACACAAGGGGGGACAAACCACCUACCUGGAGGUGGACAGCAUUCCCUCCCCCCAUAUGCCCCCCCUAGACACAACUACGACAACAUAACAAACAAAAACGGGUCACAACUCCUGCAGCUCUGUCUGACACUGGGCAUGUACAUAGUCAAUGGUAGGCUUCGCGGGGACUCCUAUGGUAGGUACACCUAUAGCUCAUCUCUUGGCAGUAGUACUGUAGACUACUUUAUCACUGACCUCUACCCAGAGUCUCUCAGAGCGUUCACAGUCAGCCCACUGACACCCCUAUCAGAUAACAGCAAAAUCACACUCUACUUGAACAGAGCUAUGCUCAAUCAUGAGGCAUCAAAGCCAAAGGAACAUUAAAAAAUGCUAUAGAUGGAAGGAAAGUAGUAUGGAAAUCUACCCAAAAACAAUUAGGCAACAACAAAUUAAAUCCAUUCUAGGCAAUUUCCUGGACAAAAUGUUUCACUGUAAUAGUGAAGGUGUAAACUUGGCAGUAGAAAACCUAAACAGUAUAUUUGACCUCUCAGCUUCCCUAACCUAAAAAUUUGAAAAAGAAAACCUAAGAAAAUUAACAACAAUGACAAAUGGUUUGAUGAAGAACGCAAAAACCUAAGAAAGAAAUUGAGAAACCUAUCCAACCAAAAACAUAGAAGACCCAGAAAACCUGAGCCUAUACCUUCACUAUAGUGAAUCACUAAAACAAUACAGAAAUACACUACGGAAAAAGAAGGAACAGCAUGUCAGAAAUCAGCUCAACGUGAUUGAAGAAUCCAUAGACUCUAACCACUACUGAGAAAAUUGGAACACACUAAACAAACAACAACACAAAGAGUUAUCUAUCCAAAAUGGAGAUGUAUGGGUAAAUCACUUCUCCAAUCUUUUUGGCCCUAUAACAAAGAACAAACAGCAAAAAAAUAUACACGAUCAAAUGCAAAUCUUAGAAUCAACUAUUAAAGACUACCAGAACCCACUGGAUUCUCCAAUUACAUUGAAUGAACUACAGGACAAAAUACAAACCCUCCAACCCAAAAAGGCCUGUGGUGUUGAUGGUAUCCUCAAUGAAACGAUAAAAUACACAGACCACAAAUUCAAAUUGGCUAUACUUAAACUCUUUAACAUCCUCCUUAGCUCUGGCAUCUUCCCCAAUAUUUGGAACCAAGGACUGAUCACCCCAAUUGUCACGUUCGUCGACUGAUGAAGCGGACCAAGGCGCAGCGUGAUAAGCGUACAUGCUUUAUUGUACUUAACACAUGAUCAAAACAAUAAACAAACGAUACGUGAAGUCCUAGGUUACAACACAAAACCUUACGGAACAAGAUCCCACAAAAUACUAGUGCCAAACAGGCUGCCUAAGUAUGGUCCCCAAUCAGAGACAACGAGCUACAGCUGUCUCUGAUUGGGAACCACCCUGGCCAACAUAGAUAUAAACGAUCUAGAACAAAAGCGUAGAAAAUGUAACAGAAACUCCACACCCUGGCUCAACAUUUAAGAGUCCCCCGAGCCAGGGCGUGACACCAAUUCAAAAAAGUGAAGACAAAUCUGACCCAAAUAACUACCGUGGGAUAUGCUUCAACAACAACCUUGGGAAAAUCCUUUGCAUUAUCAUUAACAGCAGUGAAAACAAUGUAUUGAGCAAAUGUCAAAUUGUCUUUUUACCAAAUUACCGUACGACAGACCACGUAUUCACCCUGCAAACCCUAAUUGACAAACAAACAAACCAAAACAAAGGCAAAGUCUUCUCAUGCUUUGUUGAUUUGAAUUUGGCAUGAGGGUCUGCUAUACAAAUUGAUGGAAAGUGAUGUUGGGAGAAAAACAUACGACAUUAUAAAAUCCAUGCACACAAACAACAAGUGUACGAUUAAAAUUGGAACAAAACACACACAUUUCUUUCCACAAGGCCGUGGGGUGAGACAGGGAUACAGCUUAAGCCCCACCGUCUUCAACAUAUACAGUGGGGAAAAAAGUAUUUAGUCAGCCACCAAUUGUGCAUGUUCACCCACUUAAAAAGAUGAGAGAGGCCUGUAAUUUUCAUCAUAGGUACACGUCAACUAUGACAGACAAAAUGAGAAAAGAAUAUCCAGAAAAUCACAUUGUAGGAUUUUUUAUGAAUUUAUUUGCAAAUUAUGGUGGAAAAUAAGUAUUUGGUCAAUAACAAAAGUUUCUCAAUACUUUAAUAAUAAUAAUAUGCCAUUUAGCAGACGCUUUUAUCCAAAGCGACUUACAGUCAUGCGUGCAUACAUUUUUUGUGUAUGGGUGGUCCCGGGGAUCGAACCCACUACCUUGGCGUUACAAGCGCCGUGCUCUACCAGCUGAGCUACAGAGGACCACACUUUGUUAUAUACCCUUUGUUGGCAAUGACACAGGUCAAAUGUUUUCUGUAAGUCUUCACAAGGUUUUCACACACUGUUGCUGGUAUUUUGGCCCAUUCCUCCAUGCAGAUCUCCUCUAGAGCAGUGAUGUUUUGGGCUGUCGCUGGGCAACACGGACUUUCAACUCCCUCCAAAGAUUUUCUAUGGGGUUGAGAUCUGGAGACUGGCUAGGCCACUCCAGGACCUUGAAAUGCUUCUUACGAAGCCACUCCUUCAUUGUCAUGCCGAAAGACCCAGCCACGUUUCAUCUUCAAUGCCCUUGCUGAUGGAAGGAGGUUUUCACUCAAAAUCUCACGAUACAUGGCCCCAUUCAUUCUUUCCUUUACACGAAUCAGUCGUCCUGGUCCCUUUGCAGAAAAACAGCCCCAAAGCAUGAUGUUUCCACCCCCAUGCUUCACAGUAGGUAUGGUGUUCUUUGGAUGCAACUCAGCAUUCUUUGUCCUCCAAACACGAUGAGUUGAGUUUUUACCAAAAAGUUCUAUUUUGGUUUCAUCUGACCAUAUGACAUUCUCCCAAUCCUCUUCUGGAUCAUCCAGAUGCACUCUAGCAAACUUCAGACGGGCCUGGACAUGUACUGGCUUAAGCAGGGGGACACGUCUGGCACUGCAGGAUUUGAGUCCCUGGCGGCGUAGUGUGUUACUGAUGGUAGGCUUUGUUACUUUGGUCCCAGCUCUCUGCAGGUCAUUCACUAGGUCCCCCUGUGUGGUUCUGGGAUUUUUGCUCACCGUUCUUGUGAUCAUUUUGACCCCACGGGGUGAGAUCUUGCGUGGAGCCCCAGAUCGAGGGAGAUUAUCAGUGGUCUUUUAUGUCUUCCAUUUCCUAAUAAUUGCUCCCACAGUUGAUUUCUUCAAACCAAGCUGCUUACCUAUUGCAGAUUCAGUCUUCCCAGCCUGGUGCAGGUCUACAAUUUUGUUUCUGGUGUCCUUUGACAGCUCUUUGGUCUUGGCCAUAGUGGAGUUUGGAGUGUGACUGUUUGAGGUUGUGGACAGGUGUCUUUUAUACUGAUAACAAGUUCAAACAGGUGCCAUUAAUACAGGUAACGAGUGGAGGACAGAGGAGCCUCUUAAAGAAGAAGUUACAGGUCUGUGAGAGCCAGAAAUCUUGCUUGUUUGUAGGUGACCAAAUACUUAUUUUCCACCAUAAUUUGCAAAUAAAUUCAUUAAAAAUCCUACAAUGUGAUUUUCUGGAUUUUUUUUUCUCAAUUUGUCUGUCAUAGUUGACGUGUACCUAUGAUGAAAAUUACAGGCCUCUCUCAUCUUUUUAAGUGGGAAAACUUGCACAAUUGGUGGCUGACUAAAUACUUUUUUUCCCCACUGUACAUCAACAAAUUGGUGAUGGCACUAGAACAGUCUGCAGCACCCGGCCUCACCCUACUUGAAUCUGAAGUCAAAUGUCUAAUGUUUGCUGAUGCUCUGAUGCUUCUGUCUCAAACCAAGGUGGGCCUACAGCAGCACCUAGAUAUUCUGCACAGUUUCUGUCAGACCUGGGCCCUGACAGUAAAUAUCAGUAAGACAAAAAUUAUGGUGUUCCAAAAAAGGUCCAGUUGCCAGUACCACGAAUAAAAAUUCAUCUAGACACCGUUGCCCUAGAGCACACAAAAAACUAUACAUACCUCGGCCUAAACAUCAGCGCCACAGGUAACUUCCACAAAGCUGUGAACGAUCUGAGAGACAAGGCAAGAAGGGCCUUCUAUGCCAUCAAAAGGAACAUAAAAUCCGACAUACCAAUUAGGAUCUGGCUAAAAAUACUUGAAUCAGUUAUAGAACCCAUUGCCCUUUAUGGUUGUGAGGUCUGGGGUCCGCUCACCAACCAAGAAUUUACAAAAUGGGACAAACACCAAAUUUAGACUCUGCAUGCAGAAUUCUGCAAAAAUAUCCUCAGAGUACAACAUAAAACACCAAAUAAUGCAUGCAGAGCAGAAUUAGGCCGAUACCCGCUAAUUAUCAAAAUCCAGAAAAGAGCCGUUAAAUUCUGCAACCACCUAAAAGGAAGUGAUUCCCAAACCUUCCAUAACAAAGCCAUCACCUACAGAGAGAAGAACCUGAAGAAGAGUCCCCUAAGCAAGCUGGUCAUGGGGCUCUGUUCACAAACACAAACAGACCCCCCCAGGACAACAACAACAACACAAUUAGACCCAACCAAAUCAUGAGAAAACAAGAAGAGAAUUACUUGACACAUUGGAAAGAAUUAACAAAAAAACAGAACAAACUAGAAUGCUAUUUGGCCCUAAACAGAGAGUACACAGUGCCAGUAUACCUGACCACUGUGACUGACCCAAACUUAAGGAAAGCUUUGACUAUGUACAGACUCAGUGAGCAUUACCUUGCUAUUGAGAAAGGCCGCCAUAGGCCGACCUGGCUCUCAAGAGAAGACAGGCUAUGUGCACACUGCCCACAAAAUGAGGCGGAAACUGAGCUCAGUGAAGAACAAACACCAUUGUAAAUACAACCCAUAUUUAUGUUUAUUUAUUUUUCCUUUUGUAGUUUAACUAUUUGCACAUCGUUACAACACUGUAUAUAGACAUAAUAUGACAUUUGAAAUGUCUUUAUUAUUUUGAAACAUUUGUGAGUGUAAUGUUUACUGUACAUUUUUUAUUGUUAAUUUCACUUUUAUUAUCUAUUUCACUUGCUUUGGCAAUGUAAAAACAUGUGUUUCCCAUGCCAAUAAAGCCCCUAGAAUUUAAUUGAGAGCGAGAGCGUGAGAGACAGAGACAGAGACAGAGACAGAGACAGAGACAGAGACAGAGAGAGAGAGAGAGAGAGAGAGAGAGAGAGAGAGAGAGAGAGAGAGAAUAAAUGGGUGAGGGUCAUCCCUGCUCUGUCCCUAUAUGUCCCCACUAAUGACGGUGCAUGACAAAUCACAGCCCGACUCGCCCGGCAACACUUAGCCGUCUUCAUCCGUCACAGAGUUGACCAACUGGGCCCGAGCGUCAAUCUAUCAACACACUGCAAUCAUUGUUUACAGCUUACAACUAGGCCCUGGGCAGCAGGUCAGUGAGAAAACAAUCAGUACUCACACUAGGAGACUUGUUGGCUGCAGGCAGAGGGACAGUAAAGGACCCAGUUAAUGGAAUUCCUGCUUAAAUUAUUUACUCAACCUAGAACCACAGCCAAAUCCACAAACAUGACCAUUACAGCAGAGGGCCUGAGGGAACUAAAUACCUAUUGAUAACAUUGUGAUACCCACAAUGUCUAAGCAAACCUAAGCAUGACUACUCAUUAAAUCAUUUUAGAGACAGAAACAUGGCUUUUACAGAGUGGCUGUGACUGUAAAAACCUGCUUCCCAGACGACAUGAGGCUUCAGAAUCCACAGGUAAAUAAAUUACUGAUCAGGGUUAGACAAACACAGACUGGCCUAAUAGAUGGGUUGAGGAAAAACCAUGUUGUGUUCUGUGGGCUUUUCCUCAAAUCAGACACAGGAAAUGGUGCAGCAUUUUGUAUAGUGUACAGGGGUAUGGGCUUUAGGUGUCGGGCCUUUUACCAGACAGUGAUGGGGGUCUAUAAGGGACGGGCCCCAACAUGCAGUGGCCCGGUUGGCUGAGGAGAGAUCACCGACACAAGCCCACACUCGCCCGCCCCAGGGGGGCCACCGCUGGGAGAGAGGAUAACACUAACUACAUACAGUACCUGACUCCUCAUUGACCAUUACUACGUUGAUAGUCUCGUGCAGAUAGUCUCCCAGCUCCAUGCACACAUAUACGACGCCACACCAGAGACUGGGGAUCAAUCCCCAUGUGUUCCCUCUCCUCACCUGCUUUCUAGUCUGUCUGUCAAUAACAGCAUCAUCACAAUGUCUUUAAGUAGUGUUCUACAGAAGGUUGAUUAUGAGAUCAACAAUAAUUGACAUUGGACAAGCCAUACAGUAUACUGUACAGUAAUAUUGACUGAACGUGAAAGGAGUAGCCGGUUGUAAUGCAUUAAAUUGUCCCCUUAUUUAACUAUAUAACAAUGAAAUCAUAUAUGUUUGUGUGUGUAAAAACUGAUAAAAAAUAUUGAAAACACCCUCUAAAAUUCUACUAAGUAGCCUAUCAUUCAAAACAUCAAUCAUUUAUGACAGCAAUAUACACUACCGUUCAAAAGUUUGGGGUCACUUAGAAAUUCCUUGUUUUCUAAAGAAAAUCAAUUUUUUGGUCCAUUAAAAUAACAUCAAAUUGAUCAGAAAUACAGUGUAGACAUUGUUAAUGUUGUAAAUGGCUAUUGUAUCUGGAAAUGGCUGAUUUUUUAUGGAAUAUCUACAUAGGCGUACAGAGGCCCAUUAUCAGCAACCAUCAGUCCUGUGUUCCAAUGGCAUGUUGUGUUUGCUAAUCCAAGUUUAUCAUUUUAAAAGGCUAAUUGAUCAUUAGAAAACCCUUUUGCAAUUAUGUUAGCACAGCUGAAAACUGUUGUUCUGAUUAAAGAAGCAAUACAACUGGCCUUCUUGAGACUAGUUGAGUAUCUGUAGCAUCAGCAUUGGCUCGUAAAACUACCUCUAACUUCCUUCAUACUGGAUGCAGAGACAUAAAAAUAAUGGUAUCCAUGAGUUCAUCUGACUCCAGGGAAGGUGAUAAAGGGCUUCGUUGCCAACAUCCCGAAGUAUCCCUUUAAGGGAUUAACUACUGUUUGUUGUCCAACAGAUGGUAUGUAGCAAGAUUUCCUUAAAAAUCCCAGAAUAAAAAUUCAAAAGACAUAUGUCAUUUGAGACGGUUAAGCUUAGCAUUGCCACGUACAAACAUAGAGUCCUGUACAGUGUGUAACGUGAUAGGCGUUGGGCAGAGGGAGGGAGGGAGGAAAGAAAGAAUGGCAGGAAGCCAUCGCAAGCUGGGGCAUGCUGGGAGGAAGGUGCAGAGAGUGGGGCAUGCUGGAGGAAAGAGUCACAACGGGAGGGAACUAUAAUCUUUAGAAUCCCCAAACUGAAAACCAGCAUGGGACAGGACUUACUGGGCUGUGAAAGUAACACUUCAAACCAGUGAGUGAGAGAGAACCUGAUAGCUAGGGGAUCAAAGCUGCCCCUCAUGCAUCAAUACAGUCUAUUUCUAAACCAAUAGAGGGCGAGAGGAAACCACAACCUUUCACAUGUGCUUAUUGAACAUAUCCCAUACAGUCCUGUAUUAUAUCCUAAGUGUAAUUGAAGGAUGAAGAUCCUAUCAUAAUAGGAUCCUAGAUAAGGGUUUGUGAUAGAUGUCUGUUAUGACAGGUAGGUGAAGGAGCAGCAGGGAGGAGAAGGAGCAGCAGGGAGGUGAAGGAGCAGCAGGGAGGUGAAGGAGCAGCAGGGAGGUGAAGGAGCAGCAGGGAGGAGAAGGAGCAGCAGAGAGGUGAAGGAGCAGCACGGAGGUGAAGGAGCAGCACGGAUGUGAAGGAGCAGCACGGAGGUGAAGGAGCAGCAGGGAGGUGAAGGAGCAGCACGGAGGUGAAGCAGCAGCACGGAGGUGAAGGAGCAGCAGGGAGGUGAAGGAGCAGCACGGAGGUGAAGGAGCAGCAGGGAGGUGAAGGAGCAGCAGGGAGGUGAAGGAGCAGCAGGGAGGUGAAGGAGCAGCAGGGAGGUGAAGGAGCAGCAGGGAGGUGAAGGAGCAGCACGGAGGUGAAGGAGCAGCACGGAGGUGAAGGAGCAGCAGGGAGGUGAAGGAGCAGCACGGAGGGAGGAAGGAGCAGCCAGGGAGGCGCAAGGAGCAGCAGGAGGUGAAAAGGAGCAGCACGGAGGUGAAGGAGCAGCAGGGAGGUGAAGGAGCAGCAGGGAGGUGAAGGAGCAGCAGGGAGGAGAAGGAGCAGCACGGAGGUGAAGGAGCAGCAGGGAGGAGAAGGAGCAGAUUUAGCAGAGGAGGCAAAGACAUGCUGUAAGGAUUUCAGUUUGGUACUAAAACUGAGAAAUAAAAAACCAUCUGGGUCAGCGUUACUGUUUAGCUCUGUUGUAACGGAUGAUGCUAUAUCUGCAGACGCUGCUCCUUACGACUGCUGCCUUGGCUGGCUGGGCAUCAGCACUGCAUCCAAUUACAAUACCAGGGCGGGCGCACGUGCGCACACACACACCGCAAGCACACGCACACCUCUCCCUGCUACUGCCAUGGCAAUAUGAGCUGAUGGGAGGUGCACAGUGCUCCCCUCAGAGCCUCCCACCCUUCCUGACAGAGAGGAAACACAUAUUAUGGGAUGCAUCCCUGUUUUAGGAAGGCUGUUUUUCCUGCCUUGGUCUGGGACAGACAAUAUUGAACUGCAUAGUUUCGUCUCAUGGCCUGUCUGUGACUUGAAUAUGCCACACUGCACACUGACCUGUCAGAUACUGUGUAUGUACAGCACACAAUGCAGCACUCCAAGUGUUUUAGUGUACUUCCAGCUCAUACCAGGAUAGCUGCAAUAAAACAGUAAGCUGGGUGACUGGUUGCUAUGGCAGCUGAGGUUGACUGUGGCCACACAACAACUGCAUUGUUGGGUAAAGAGAUCUCAAGGUAAGAAUGUCACUGUACUGUUUUACAGCUGUUGUAUCCUCUGCACGUGGCGAAUAAACGUUGAAACUUUAAACACAACUCUGGUCACAGGGAAACCAGUAGCAGGCCAAAAGAAGGCUUCUCCAGGGUUGGUGGUUGGUUGGGCAUUCCUCAGCAACAGUGAGCCAUCACAGGAUUGGUGGUUGGUUGGGCCUUCAUUGAAUGAUGGUAACCUGUCCUCAGGAACAGGGAGCCAUCAAACAGCUGAAAUAACACUUUAAAUUAUUAAUGAAAUAAUAGCGUAGUAAAAGGGGGGUGGUACUGUAUGACAGGCCCCUCCCCAGUACCAAUGACUAAACACUAAUAAGAGUUUUGGAGAGGUCAGAGAUACUGGGUUCUUUAUAAUCAAAUCAAAUCAAAUUUUAUUGCCCACAUGCGCCGAAUACAACAGGUGCAGACAUUACAGUGAAAUGCUUACUUACAAACCCUUAACCAACAGUGCAUUUAUUUUUAAUAAAAAAGUAAAAUAAAACAACAAAAAAAAAGUGUUGAGAAAAAAAGUUAAAUAACAGUAGGGAGGCUAUAUAUACAGGGGGGUACCGGUGCAGAGUCAAUGUGCGGGGGGCACCGGCUAGUUGAGGUAGUUGAAGUAAUAUGUACAUGUGGGUAGAGUUAAAGUGACUAUGCAUAAAUCAUUAACAGAGUAGCAGCAGCGUAAAAAGAUGGGGUGGGGGGGCAGUGCAAAUAGUCCGGGUAGCCAUGAUUAGCUGUUCAGGAGUCUUAUGGCUUGGGGGUAGAAGCUGUUGAGAAGUCUUUUGGACCUAGACUUGGCACUCCGCUACCGCUUGCCGUGCGGUAGCAGAGAGAACAGUCUAUGACUAGGGUGGCUGGAGUCUUUGACAAUUUUGAGGGCCUUCCUCUGACACCGCCUGGUAUAGAGGUCCUGGAUGGCAGGAAGCUUUGCCCCAGUGAUGUACUGGGCCGUACGCACUACCCUCAGUAGUGCCUUGCGGUCGGAGGCCAAGCAGUUGCCAUACCAUACCAUCUUUUCAGUCUCCUGAGGGGGAAUAGGCUUUGUCGUGCCCUCUUCACGACUGUCUUGGUGUGUUUGGACCAUGAUAGUUCGUUGGUGAUGUGGACACCAAGUUACUUGAAGCUCUCAACCUGUUCCACUACAGCCCCGUCGAUGAGAAUGGGGGCGUGCUCAGUCCUCUUUUUUUUCCCUGUAGUCCACAAUCAUCUCCUUUGUCUUGGUCACGUUGAGGGAGAGGUUGUUAUCCUGGUACCACACGGCCAGGUCUCUGACCUCCUCCCUAUAGGCUGUCUCAUCAUUGUCGGUGAUCAGGCCUACCACUGUUGUGUCGUCGGCAAACUUAAUGAUGGUGUUGGAGUCGUGCCUGGCCAUGCAGUCAUGGGUGAACAGGGAGUACAGGAGGGGACUGAGCACGCACCCCUGAGGGGCCCCCGUGUUGAGGAUCAGUGUGGCAGAUGUGUUGUUACCUACCCUUACCACCUGGGGGUGGCCCGUCAGGAAGUCCAGGAUCCAGUUGCAGAGGGAGGUGUUUAGUCCCAGGAUCCUUAGCUUAGUGAUGAGCUUUGAGAGCACUAUGGUGUUGAAUGCUGAGCUGUAGUCAAUGAAUAGCAUUCUCACGUAGGUGUUCCUCUUGUCCAGGUGGGAAAGGGCAGUGUGGAGUGCAAUAGAGAUUGCAUCAUCUGUGGAUCUGUUGGAGCGGUAUGCAAAUUGGAGUGGGUCUAGGGUUUCUGGGAUAAUGGUGUUGAUGUGAGCCAUGACCAGCCUUUCAAAGCACUUCAUGGCUACAGACGUCAGUGCUACGGGUCGGUAGUGAUUUAGGCAGGUUAUACUGCUCAUCUCUGUGCUCCAUGCUGGUAAGAACAAACCGUGGUGGUGAGAUGUAUCCCACUCCUAACACUGGGGCUCUGGUCUCCUAAUACUGGGGCUCUGGUCUCCUAACACUGGGGCUCUGGUCUCCUAAUACUGGGGCUCUGGUCUCCUAAUACUGGGGCUCUGGUCUCCUAAUACUGGGGCUCUGGUCUCCUAAUACUGGGGCUCUGGUCGAGUAACACUGGAGCUCUGGUCUCCUAAUACUGGGGCUCUGGUCUCCUAAUACUGGGGCUCUGGUCUCCUAAUACUGGGGCUCUGGUCUCCUAAUACUGGGGCUCUGGUCGAGUAACACUGGGGCUCUGGUCUCCUAAUACUGGGGCUCUGGUCUCCUAAUACUGGGGCUCUGGUCUCCUAACACUGGGGCUCUGGUCUCCUAAUACUGGGUCUCUGGUUGAGUAACACUGGGGCUCUGGUCUUAGCCCUAACACACGCCGGGACGUAAACAAAAGCAGCACGUUGGAUCUACAUGAGUCCUCACAACACAAAGCAAGCUAAUGGGACCAGUCCCUAAGGCAUACAGCAUCUUACAGGCACACAGGCCAUCCAUAAACAGCCAUCCUUUAUUUACAUGGUCCCGUCACAGCAGCAAAAUGCAAGCACAGUGCAAUCCGCUCUCGUGUAAGUCCCCUGUCAACAAAGCUGGGAAGAGACACCCAAACAAGGCCUGAGACAUUGUUCCACCGUCUCAGAGCUGGACAGAGUCCACCGUCUACAGAGCUGAGACAGAGUCCACCGUCUACAGAGCUGAGACAGAGUCCACCGUCUACAGAGCUGAGACAGAGUCCACCGUCUACAGAGCUGAGACAGAGUCCACCGUCUACAGAGCUGAGACAGAGUCCACCGUCUACAGAGCUGAGACAGAGUCCACCGUCUACAGAGCUGAGACAGAGUCCACCGUCUACAGAGCUGAGACAGAGUCCACCGUCUACAGAGCUGAGACAGAGUCCACCGUCUACAGAGCUGAGACAGAGUCCACCGUCUACAGAGCGUGAGACAGAGUCCACCGUCUACAGAGCUGAGACAAGAGUCCACCGUCUACAGAGCUGAGACAGAGUCCACCGUCUACAGAGCCUGGGACAGAGUCCACCGUCUACAGAGCUGAGACAGAGUCCACCGUCUACAGAGCUGAGACAGAGUCCACCGUCUACAGAGCUGAGACAGAGUCCACCGUCGACAGAGCUGAGACAGAGUCCAGGAAGUGA